GAAAUUAGGCAUUUUUCAGAAUGAACAGACCAAUUGAUGAUCGCGAAGAUAAGAAUUGGAGAAGAAGGGUCAAAGAUGUUGAAGUUUCUGUUCCUAUUGUGUGUGGAUCGAUUGCUUUUUUCCGUGGAAAGAGAGCUCAAGAAUAUCGAACACAUAACUGGACUGUCUAUGUACGUGGAGCUACGAAUGAGGAUCUUGGUGUGGUUAUAAAGAAAGUCAUCUUCCAUUUGCAUCCAAGUUUCAAGAACCCUAUUAGAGUGGUUGAUUCACCUCCUUUUACACUCUCUGAGUGUGGUUGGGGAGAGUUCAAAAUCGAUAUCACCAUCUUCCUCCAUACAGAUGUCUGUGAAAAGAAGUUGGACCUGUCUCACAUGUUAAAGUUGAACCCUGAGAUUUACAGUGGUCCUCAGAAUCCAAACGUACCUGUUGUCGCUGAGUUUUACAAUGAAAUUGUCUUCCCUAGCCCUUUUGAGAGUUUCCUUGCUCGUGCGCAUAAUCACCCGGCUGUUCACAUCUCCAAGCUCCCUGAUGGAUUCAACUUGCCUCCUCCAGGACUCGCUGAAACUUUUUAUGAGAUGAGAAAAGGAGACACCAAGAAUCAUCCGCUUAGCCAAUGGUUUUUGAAGUUUUCUGAAGCAGAUGAGCUUUUAAAACUCACUGCAGUUCGCCACAAGGUACAAGCUGAUAUCGCUGAGCUAAAAAGACAGUUGAUCGUGGUAGAUGGACAACCUGAAGAACUUUAGUCUUCCUCUGGCAAC